UCAUUUCAUCUCACUCCAUUUGACAGGAUCCAACAGAUUCAGCUCUUAGGCCGAGAUCUCCGAGGACCAGAACAUGAUAAGCUGUGGAACCAACUCGAGGCUGAAAUCCAUCUUCACAGACACAAGACGGUGAUACGAGCCUGUAGAGGGCGCCGUGCAACCAGGAGGCACGUGCCACAACCUGAGGGUCAUGAAGCUGCUAUCAACAAUCGAGGUGUUGGUGAUAUAAGAACUGUCACAUUGGUUAAAGAACCUGAGGAAGGCCUAGGGAUGUCUAUUACGGGUGGUAAGGAACACGGUGUUCCCAUCCUCAUCUCUGAGAUACAUCCCAACCUCCCUGCCGACAGGUGCCAAGAGCUGUACGUAGGUGAUGCCAUCCUAUCUGUCAACGGGAUCAAUCUCCUGGACAUGAAGCAUGCUGAUGCUGUAGACAUACUCUCACAACAGGAUGGCGAGAUCAAGCUCAAGGUCCAGUUUGUGGCUCCAGAUUCAGACAGCGACGAUGACGAAGAUGAUGAUGACGAUGACGAGGAGUAUGAAGAUGAUGAGGAAGCUUUCAUGGAGAAUGGGUACAGCAGAUACAGAUCAGCUUCCGAGGAGACGAUACCGAAUGGACAAGAUGAGAAGCUCCCUCAACAGCAAGGUGCAGUCAACAAGACACCGCAGAGGACACCUCACGCUGGGCCCAGGCAGGAUGCUAGCACCAAUACCUCCACCUCAUCCACAGUAGCCACAAAUGCACCAACAUCUGAUCAACACCAGGAGAUUGUCCAACAGGAUCAAGGUUCAUCUCCAGGGAAGCCACCUCAAGUAUCGAGUCCUCCCUCAGGAACUCCUGAAGAGAACGCUAAGGACGUUCCUUUAACGCCACUAAAGCAGCCGGAGGUUUCAUCACCUUCAACUCCUACAACAGCCACCACGCAGGAUGGAGAAAAGGAGAUGUCGAGUGUGCCAGAAGCAGAACGGGUAAAGUCUUCGGAGGCAUCUCCAGCGAUGUCUGCACAGUCUGCAACAAGUGCAGCAUCGGAAGGUCCAAAUACACCAACCAGUCCUUCAAAUGAUGGCUCUGGCAAAUCCACUGGGACCACCAAUUCGCCCAUGAUGAACGUUGGCACCAUGGCUGCGCAUGCCAUCCAGACAUUUGGUGGGUAUAGCGAAGAGGAUGGCAGUGAACAUGUCUUCUCUGGCUAGAUUCUGCUGGCAAUUGUUGGGUGGACAUGGAAGACUGAGACAUAUCUUGUGUGUAUUCCUUGAACUGUUAUCAACCAGGAUGUCAUUCCAGUCAUCUACAGUGCAAGGGGCUUAUGGUCAAACUCAUUGUAGAAUUUAGUAUGGAGAUCAUUGCAAAGCUUUAUAAUAUAUUUGAAAUCAUUCUAAUAAUGCUAGUUUUAUGUGUUGAAAAAUUGUUGACUGAGCCACAAUUGAUUGUGGAUUUCCUAGUAAGUAUUGGCAAGUGUUUUUUCAGGUCUGUGUAUUAAUAGGGGAAAAAUAAGAAAUCUGAUUAUGAAAGUAAUUUAACUUUUUAUCAAUGUAGUCAGGUAGGGGACGGAUUAUUAGAUUCUAUCAAAAGGUCAAAGUACCAUAGACAUUUUAAGAAAACAGACUAUUCUUUAUCAAAUUGUAAUAUCUCAUUUAAUGAUGAAAUAUUAUGUUUCUUAUUUAUUCAUUUAUUAUAGUUACCUGCAACUCGAUGUCUAGAGAUUUUUUUUUUUUGCCAAACAGAUCAUUUUAUUUAUUACUUUGUUUGAAAAGGGAUGAUUUUAAAUCACACAGCUCAGAGAGCUACAUCAAUUGCAUUCAAAGUUUUUAAGAAUUAUUUUUAAAGUUUUACCUCAUUUUAUGAUUAUACUGUAU